UCCUCCCUCCAGCCUCUCUGACUGUGAGUCCCAGCAGCUCUCAGAUGUUUGAAGGACAGUCUGUCUCUCUGAGCUGUGAGGAGGACGACAGCUCUGCUGGAUGGACUCUGAGGAGGAACACAUCCAGAAAAACCAGGACUCAGUGUGCAGAUGGCUGGGGAAACCUUGCUGGUUCUUCUUGUAUCAUCUACUACAUGGUCCCAUCGGACAGUGGAGUUUACUGGUGUGAGUCCAGAGAGGGAGCAACCAGUAACAGCAUCACCAUCACUGUCACUGGUGGACCAGUGAUCCUGCAGAGUCCUGUCCUCCCUGUGAUGGAGGGAGAAGACCUCACUCUGACCUGUAGAACAGAGAGGUCCUCCAACCUCCCAGCUGGUUUCUAUAAAGAUGGCUCCUUCAUCAGGACUGAGCCUGCAGGUCACAUGACCAUCCACCAUGUUUCCAGGUCUGAUGAAGGCCUCUACAAGUGUCUCAUCAGCAGUGUUGGAGAGUCUCCACCCAGCUGGGUCUCUGUCACAGGUGAGGAGGUUACCUUUGAUUUCAGGAGUUCAUUCAUCCAGAUAUUCACCUUGAUCAGACUGGUCUGCCACCUGGUGGUGUUCUCUCCGUACUGCAUCUCCACUUUCAUCAUGGUGUCUUUAUAUCGAGGCAGGAUCACAGGAAACGGCAAACCUGUCUCCAUGGUGAUGACCUCGCCCACCCAGGCUGAGGAGGGAUUGGAUGAUGAAUAUGAUGAUGUCAUCACCGCUAACCUCCCAGCUGGUUUCUAUAAAGAUGGCUCCUUCAUCAGGACUGAGCCUGCAGGUCACAUGACCAUCCACAAUGUUUCCAGGUCUGAUGAAGGCUUCUACAGGUGCAACAUCAGCAGUGAUGGAGAGUCUCCACCCAGCUGGGUCUCUGUCACAGGUGAGGAGGUUACCUUUGAUUUCAGGAGUUCAUUCAUCCAGAUAUUCACCUGACAGCUGAUUCUC